CUCUUCUGUUUCAUUUCAUAAACAAUCAAUAUGAAAUUUACUUUUGCUACUCUCUUUGCCUUUGCUACCCUUGCUGUCACUCUGACUCACGCUGCUGAAGGGGAUGACAUAGUCUGUAUUCAAAGCAUUAUAGCAUGCCCUAAAGAGUGUAGUGAGACAUGUAUCUACCCAGAUAAACCUUGUCCCAAGACAUAUCAACCCACAUGUCCUACCAAAGCAACAGAUCCAGUUAAAUAUCCUCCUGCUGAUCCUAGUGAGGAUGAUGAGAUUGUCUGCAUCCAGAGUAUCAUUCCCUGUCCGGAAGAAUGUAGCGACACUUGUGAAUAUCCUACAGAUGUACCUUGUCCUAAAACCUUCCCACCUCGUUGUCCCGAUAAGACAAAUCCUGUCAAAAGCACUCCUCCCAAGGACAUGGUUUGUACUGCAGAUAUCAAACUUUGUCCCAAGAAAUGCCGCAAGACAUGUAUUUACCCCACACAUUUGCCUUGCCCCUUGACUCAUAAACCCCGUUGUCCACAUCCCCAUGAGCUUGUAUGAUGAGAUAUGGCUCCCAUCGCAUUUUUUUAAAC